AAAAGAAUAAAACUCCCCUGCAAAUUUGAUAAAUUUAGAGCAAUUGUUAUCUAUGGCUUAGGCAAUUUGGCAGUUGGUAGUUAUUAGUAGUACAAUUCAUGGCUGCCCCAGCACCAAGCUGCUUCAACUGCCGCUGCUUUGCUUCCAAACCCAACAGUUCAAUCUCCUCCACUAACUUUCCCUUGUCUUUUUCUUGUCCAAUCUUCAGUGGUUGUAAUGGGAUUUCACUAACCAGAACUGGGUCUAGCUCAAGAACACAUGCCAAGUUUGAGAAGUUCCAAGGUGAUCCGUCUGACGCCAAUCUUGAAGAUACUAUAUUAUCCUCCGUGCAAACACAGCAACAAACUGUUCAAGCAGAAGAUGAGGAAGAAGAUGACAGCUGCUUGCCAUCUGACUUGGAGGGUGCAGUCAGGCAAUCAGGUCAAGCAAGUGCCUUGUUUGUGUCUUCUGGAGGAUUGAGAGCUAUAGUUGAGCUCCUAAUACCUCAGCUACAGUUUCUUGAUGAUGAAGGUGCACAAGCUGAGCUUUGGGAACUAUCAAGAAUUUUCUUGGAUACACUUAUAGAAGAAACAGGAUGUCAGAAAGUUAGAGCUAUAUUUCCAGAUGCUGGAGCUGCUGCAUUAUUGAAAUAUCUAUGGAAAGAUGCUGCUUUUGGAUUUGCCAGUUUGAGUGACCGGAAGCCUGUGGAGCACCAAGAUGAGAUUAUAGUUAUGGUUGUUCCUGAUUACCAGAUGUUGGACCGUGUAGAGAGAAUUGCCUCGGAGCUAUCAGAUGAUCCGCCCAAGCCUCUCAUCAUGUGGAAUCCGCGUCUCAUAAGUGAAGAUGUUGGAGUUGGGUUUAAUGUUCGCAAGUUGAGGCGAUACUUCUUAAGUUCUUUCUCGACUGUUUACUCAAUGAGACCUUUCGCUGCUGGUGCUGUGUUUAGGUGUUAUCCAGGAUUAUGGAAGGUGUUUUAUGAUGAUAAAGACAGGCCUGGUAGAUAUCUGCUUGCAAAAGAACUCGUAAGCCGUCCUGAUGCCGAAGAACUUGAGAUAAUAUAUGGAAAUGUAGACGAGAAGUCCAAGCAAGGCCCGUCUUUGUUUAGUCAAGCAGCAGGCAUUUUUUCUUCACUGAAUCGAUUCAUGAAAGCUAUUGCAAAAUAAUGUCUUCUUAUCCACUUUGAAAUUGUUUGGACUCAACGCGUUAUCAUGAAGAGAAUGUACAUUGCAUCAUGGGGUGUAAAGUAAAUUUUUGAUGAUACAAUCUGACUUGAACCUUCCAUUUGCUAA